CACCGCCUGAGCGGCUCCGUGUCCAUGGCAACCGCCGGGCCGCCGCCGGCACCGCAAGAUGUCUGCCGGGGAUCGGCGCUGUCCGCCGGCCUUCGCGUUCCGCCCCCUGCCCCAGAAAGCUUUCCCCUGCCUGGAGGAUAAGGACAUCCGGGACCGGCUCCUCAAAUGGUCUAUGCAAGGCAGGAUCACAGCACAAGCGUUCGGUUUUGACCAGCAGUUUAAACCCUAUCUAAAGGAUGAAUUUGUUACGGCAUUUUUUAAUGACCAAAAUGUGAAAACUAACUUGAAGUUGCUCUCAGCUUCAGAACAAUGGACUACACUGGGUUCCAAAGUGACAAAAAUUGAAGCUACACUGGUGCCCUGUACAGAGAUUUCCAUGUCAUUUUUUGAUCGGCUCUACUCUGAAGGAAUUGUUAGAGAAACUGGAGAUAUUGUAAAAUGUUAUGAUGACUAUUAUGAUGAUAUUCUCAUCUCUGAUGAGUUAAGAAAGGUCUUGCUUCUGGAAGAUUCAGAUCAUUAUGGCAUAUUCAGUCCAUUGGAUCGCCAGGAAUUUCUGUUCUGUCUUUUUAAGCACCUUUGCAUUGGAGGAUCUCUUUGCCAGUUUGAAGAUGCAGUUGGCCCAUACUUAGAAACUACAAAAGCAUUUUAUAAAGACUUAGUUAGUGUUCAAAAGAAUCCUGAAACAAAAGAAAUAAGAAUUAUUUCUACUGUCUUCAGAGUGUCUGCAUAUGACAUUAAUGGCCUGUGUUACCCUUCAAGCAAAAGCCACGAUCAGACUUUUGCCUACCUGGUUGUGGACUCCUGCAAGCGGCAAGUCAACACUCUGUAUCACAGCUUCGGUGCAGGCUUGUUUACAGACUAGUUACAAACCUGACUGUCCUCUAGUGUUAGAGUGGAGGUGGCCUUCUCUCUGCAUGGGUGCAGGUAGGAACUGCUCAGUUGUGAGGAGCAGCCGCUCCUAGGUUACACGCUCUGAAAGGUUACAGGUUCAUGUACAUGUGACUGUGGUUAGUAAUAAAAGGUUCUCUGUAUUUAAGAAGCAUAGUUCUUGAAGCUGUUUUCUUGGCAGUUUUGUCACA